AUUCUCGUGUCUGCUCCACCCAAAGGCUAGGCAGAGAACAUUAUACCUUCAUAAAAUACUGUUUGCCUAUUAUCAAGUUGAUAAGGACUCUAUAUAAAUACACAAAGGCUUAUUCUUCAUAGCACAAAGCCUCUUCUACUUCCUCUUCUUUUACUUUUUGCUUCAUCUCAUGGAGAAAGAAGGGCUUUCUGACAAAAAUCACCCUGAUAGAAGAAAUAACAUCUUUAAGACAUAAUACAGAUAAUUACAGCAAGAAUGGGUCUGCUGAGUUCCAAACACUGCAAAGUCAAACCAGCUAAGAUAUUAAUGCUGGGACUCGAUUCAGCCGGGAAAUCUACACUAUUGUACAAGUUAAAGUUUAAUGAUGUUUUCCUAACACUCCCAACAAUCGGUUUUAACGUGGAAAUGAUUGAAACAGAGCAAAAUAUUGCUAUAACAAUCUGGGACGUUGGAGGGCAACAUAAAAUGAGGACAUUUUGGUGCAAUUACUUUGAAAAUGCCGAUGGCCUGGUGUACGUUGUGGACAGCACUGAUAAGCAACGUCUGGAAGAUUCAAAGAAAGAAUUUGAACUCAUCUUAAAGAAUGAAUUUGUAAAGAAUGUGCCUGUUGUUUUGCUAGCUAACAAGCAGGAUCUUCCUGGAGCUUUGAAUGCUGAGGAAAUAACCAGGAAAUUCAACAUGCAGAAACAUUGCAGUGAUAGAAAUUGGUAUGUACAGCCUUGUUGUGCCAUCACUGGGGAAGGUCUGCCAGAAGCAUUCCAGAGAAUAGCAGCAUUUGCAAAAAACUGGAAAAAAUCCAGAGAAGAAGCUUUUACAAUUUUCAAGCAAGAUGAAAAGUUGUAAGAGUCUUCAUUAUCCCAUCUGGGGAAAGCUAACAUGGAGAGUUUAUUAUGGGAAUUAAAUCUGCAUAUUGGAAGAUUUGACUCUGCAGGACUUUUAAAAGACUAUUAUAUAGCAAAAUGUAGUCAGAGCAAGCUAAAUUACUAUGUUGUUACAUUUGCAUACUCUUUCAGAGCUACUGUUUCAUAGUAUUUUAAUUAAAUGACAUAUUUGUAGCCUAAGUCCAGAUAUUUGGCUAUGUUAAACUGCAUGAUGUAAUACUAAAAAGGUGCAUUUAAACAUUUUAAAUGUUCUACAGUCGUUUUAUUUAUGCUUGUUUAAUUACACAAAAUGUACAAGAGCUGAGAUAAAUGGGUCAUUGAGCAAGCAAAGGAAAAGUAAAAAACCAUUAUUUCAUAUUACUUAACAUACUGUAUUUGUAAGUGCUUUGUCAAUAUGUUUAUUAUACAGGCAUAUAUAAAUUAUUACACAAGAAAGUAAUUUUGAUAGCUAAUUUAUUUUUAACUAUUAUAUCAUUUUACCAAUACUUAAAAGAUAAAGGCUUUCUCCUUUCAAUUAUAUACAAGAGAAACUGUGUACUUGGAACAGAAGCAUUCACAUUACUGCUUUCUCAGGAACCAGUCCUGUUCACACUGAUUUCAGUUAGAGCAGGAUCAGACCCUCAAACCCAUAGAAUGAUCAGACCAAGCUGAUUCUGUUUUUUGUGGGGUUUGUGUGUAUUUUAUAUCAUUUUCAAUCAUGAUUAGGGCUGGUGUUUUCCAGAUAUUGCCAAUAUUGCUGUGUUUUUUCCCAAAAUUACCUUUCAUUUCCAGAAUUGCCAAUUCCAGAGGCAAAGCAUGGGGAGAGGGCAUGCGGGUCACAUGCCCCCUCCAGAUUUCUGCCAGGGUUUAUAUCUGCUGACUACUCCCCAGGGCGCAGGGCAGAGGUUGGGGGCUGGCUUUUGUAUGAGACUCGCUACCAACUUCUCCCCUCCUCACACAGGCCUGGGCUCAGCAAUACCACCGUGGAGCUUCCUUCUCCUGGACAGGCAAGGCACUUGGACUCCCUUGUCAUGCUGCACAAUGGAGAGCACUUGCACCUUUUCUCAGCAGCAUCCACAGCUCCUCUCCCCUGCUCAUCUGCCCUGCGCACAGCUGGUUCCUGGCCUCUCUCCCAACACACAGCUGCACUGUUUCUAUGAGCUUGGCAGCAGCUGGGAAAUCUUCUGAAAUACAAGCUGUUAUAAAGACCCU